AUGUCUCCUUUACUUAUAUAUGGCGCGACGGGCUAUACUGGCCAUAUAAUCAGUGAGCGUGCGAAGAGUAUCGGCUUGGACUUUGCGAUCGCUGGAAGAACAGAGUCGACGCUUAAGGAUCUAGCAUCUCGACUUCAAGUUCCUUACUACGUGUCCGACCUACACGAAAAUUCUAUCCUUGAUUCAAUUUUGAAAGAUACCCUUGUCAUCCUGAACUGCGCUGGUCCCUAUUUACCAACCGCAAAGCCCCUUUUGGAAGCCUGCAUACGGAGCGGAACACACUAUCUCGAUAUCUCAGCAGAAAUUGCAAGCUAUCAACAAGCACAGCAGUACGACGAAGCGGCCCAGCAAGCUGGUAUCAUGCUUCUACCCGGAUGUGGUGGGAGCGUCGCCAUGCUGGGCUGUCUCGCUAGUCAUGUCAUCAAUCAAGUCAAAAGUCCUAAGACGAUCGACAUCGCCCUUCAUGUGGCUGGAUCAAUGUCACGAGGAUCGGCCAUUAGCGCUUCGAAUAUGAAAGACGGAUGUCUCCAGCUUAUAGAUGGAAGGCUAGUUGAACAAGACACCAACAAAACUGCCGAUUUUGAUUUUGAUGAUGGGAAUGGGAGUGUCGCGUCAUUUCCAGUUACACUACCUGACCUGCUAACCAUCUCAAAAUCAUCUCAUAUUGCAAAUAUUCGGACGUUUGCCCAUGCAUCUGGUAAUAGUUUUUCAACUGGCGAUAUUGCAUUACUUCCUGAUGGUCCGUCUACUGCAGAGAGAGACGCAUCGCCCUAUCACGCGGCGGCCAUUGUGACUUCGGAGGAAGGAAUUACUCACCGGGCGGUUCUGCAUACUCUCAAUGGAUACACUUUUACCUGUUUGGCAUCAGUGGAAGCGGCAAGGCGCGUUUUGCGAAAUGAGAUGGGAAAAGGAUUCCAAACACCUGUGGCAAUUUUUGGAAAGGAAUUUCUUCACGCUAUACCAAUGACGCAGAUCAAAGAUUUCUAG